AAUGCCAAUCUCCCGCAAGCAAGCCCCAUAGUCGGCCCACUACUCAGAACACCGUCUUUGUAGCGAGACAACACUAGGCGUUCAGAGCGGCAAGGAUGGUUGAUCGUCUGUUCGAGGACAUAUUUCAGAUUCUGCGAUUGAACCCAGAUGGCAAAAAGUUCGAUAAAGUUACUCGAGUGGAAGCAAAGAGUGAGACUUGCGAGAUGUUCAUGCAUCUGGAUGUGAAUUCAGAGGUGUAUCCGAUGAGGGAAGGUGAGAAAUUCUCAAUGGCUUUAACUUCCACAAUCAAUUUGGAUGGAACUCCUGAUACUGGUUAUUUCACCCAGGGCAAUCGCAGGACAUUGGCUGAUGAAUAUGAGUAUGUCAUGCAAGGGAAGCUUUUUAAGAUUUCAGAAGGUUCUAAACGUGAUCCAAAAGCGGAGGUAAAUGCUUCAUUUGGCGGGCUUUUGAUGAUGUUGAAGCGGGAAGCCUCACAAUUCAAGAACUUUGAACUCGACCAGAGGAUGUUUCUCCUCAUAAGGAAGCUAUGAAAAAUCUACGAUCAUAACCAAACUAUGACUGCUCUGCGGCUUUCGGCUUACGGCUUAUGACUCUGUAAACUUGAGCUAACCCUUGAUGUUUAGGAUUAAGUGUGGAUUGAGUAGAGCUUUCUACGUGAACUGGUUGUUACUGCAUAAAUUCUGAAUGGUAGUAUGUAGACAUGAAAUGCUAUGACAUUGGACAGUUUAUAUUUAUCAAAACUAACUUCUUGAUGCAA